UCUAAUGAAAAUCCGGCUAUGGACAUCCAUUCCAAUGAUUUCCCAGUUUAUGAAGACAGGCCACCAGAUGCCAGCAAAUCAGGUCCCCAGUUGUGUCAAUGACCAAGAAAAGCCUGCCUGAUGAUAAAGUCAGUGAAGAAUCAUGUGAAGAAGCUGAUGUCAAGGUUUCCAGAAUUGAAGACAACCCUUCUGUCAACAAUGGCCAUUGUCAGCUAAAUCCGGCCAAUGACGUCCACUCCAGUGUUCUAGUUGAUAAAGACAGGGGCCACCAGAUGAGCCAAUCAGGACUCUGGUAGUAACAAGCAAGACAGUGAUGUUCCACUUCAUGAAAAGAAGUCAGAUGAUUCCAUUAAUUCCAGUGAAGCUAGUGAAGAAAAUUGCAGUGUACCUGGCAAGAACAAAAACCACCAGUGUAAGUUAUGCUUGUUGGUAUUCUCUUGCAAUGCAAGCUUAGAGUGGCACAUGAAAAGGCAACAUCCAGAUGAAAAACUGGAGUAUACAGGGACAUGCCAUUGUCACCACUGUAACUUUAAAUGUCACAAAAAAUCAGACCUGCUGGCUGAGGCAACAAUGAUCUCAGUGACAAACAUGGAGUUGCAUUUAUACAACAACAGUUUACCUUGACAAUAUUGCAGCAUUUGAGCAAUGGAAGGCAAAGGUAGAGGAGGUAGAGAGGUACUCUUUUAUAAAAACAACUGGGAUGAAGGGUACUGUGCCGUAUUACCAAUGUAACACAGGACGAGUUUACAAACUGAAAGGAACUGGAAUAAGGCAAUUAAAAUCACAAGGCACAUUCAAGAUACAGCGCAACUGUACAGCAACUCUUAAAGCAACGACUACUGAAGAUGGCAAAAUUACUGUUGACCUAUGCCUUACCCAUUAUGGCCACCAGCAAGACCUACAACAUACAUGGUUGCCAAAACAGAAAAAGGAGGAAAUGGCUGCAUUGAUACAGCAAGGAGUUUCUAAGGUCAAAAUACUUGGGGACAUAAGAGAGAACAGGAUGCAAGGGGGGGCAUUUAAACACUAUCACCUCACUGACAUGAAAGACCUGUCUAACAUCUCAAGAGCUUUUCAGUGGUUUGGGGGUCAAGUCCAAAGGUCUGAAAAUGACCAAGAAAGUGUUCGGGCCUGGAUUCAAGAGUGGCAGGAAAGUGGGAACAACCCGGUACUGUUUUACAAGUUGCAAGGAGAGCAAGCCCAAGAAGAUCUUGAUCUACUUCAGGAAGACUUCUUCAUAGUCAUCCAGAUCCCCUUCCAAAAGGCAAUGGCCCAAAAGUUCGCUUCCAAAGGUGUUUGUAUUGACUCGACACAUGGAACUACAGGAUAAGACUUUCUGCUAACCACGGUAAUGGUUACUGUUGAAUAUGGAGAGGGGCUGCCUGUGGCUUGGUGCCUUUCAAAGCAUGAAGAUUUUACUCGCGUGUUUUUUGUUCAAAUUAUUGAGAGAAAACUGUGGUGAGUUAUCACCUCAUUGAAUAAUGAGUGAUACCGCAAGCCAGUUUUAUAAUGCCCGGGUGGCUAUCAUGUAUCUCCGCCAUGUAAAAAACAGACUGACUUUUUUUUCUUUCCUCACUACUUUUUUUACUCAAAUGCCUCUUCAGGUGUCCUUUCGAUAUUAGAUAGGCUGUCUUAUAGGCCAUACGGGAGCUUCGCAACGAGUCGUACUCGUUGUGAAGAUGGGCGAGGAAGGGGUUUCGUUCUCUUCACUUUCACUGGCGCGCACAAACCCCUACACCACAUUCGAAUCUUCAUUUGAGGAAUUUGCCAAGAGAUAAAGUUCACACAUAUGAUCGAGUGUCACAGGCUUGCUGAGGGCAAAAAUCGACUCCUAACUUAAAUACACGCCGUAAGGCAAUACUCUCUCUCCUGGGAAAACAAGAUGUGCGACAAAAAAAAUUCACGUCUGCAUAGGGGAGCCUGUUUUAGGCGUUCUGUCCGGAAAACGAAACGCAAAUGUAAAUGAAGGGGUAGCA